UUUCAAACAUAAAAUAAAUAUUAUUCAUUUAAAUUAAAAUGGGGCUCUUCAGGUCUGAAAAUCUUUAUCUGUGAAAGACAACUAUGACCAAGGAUUCUACUUAUGAGUCCAUAAAACAGCUUGGAAGGCUUUCAAUGGUCAGUUUUGUGGAUCUAAACAUAAAUGAACAGGUUUAUGACCUUCCGUAUGCUAAAGAGGUGAAUAGAUGUAAUGAAACCUUAAGAAGUAUUGAGAAUAUUCUACAAGAGUGCGAAAGACUUAAUAUUCCUUUAAAAUCCCCCAGUUCUAUCAAUGAAUACUACAUGGCUCAAAAUGGACUAUCCCAAGUAAUGAAGGUUGCUGAACACAGACUAUUUGAUGUAAUUGAGGAAGAUGUUCAGAAGUAUGAUGAAUUCUUGUCCUCACAAACCAAAAGCCUCAGAGGUAUCAAAAAUGACUAUGAUUUGCUCCAAGACUACCAUGAAGCCCUCCACACUGCUGCUCAGCUUCUUGCAAAGCAGCCCGCUAAUAAAGGAAAGUGGUCUUUCAUGAACAGGAGCAGUGCCUUAGAGAAAGUAUCUGAGAAAGACAAUGAAGAUAGCAAAGAUUAUUCAAACAAGAAAAAUAAUGAAGAUGAUGAUAUAGGUUUCCAGAUAAAGAUAGGUCACAUCAUUGGGACUAUAGAUACUGAAGACUCAUUUAAUUUCAAAAGACUCAUUUUCAGAGCUACUAGAGGUAAUGCACUGAUUCAAGUGAAAGAUAUUAAACCUAAAAAGAUAAAACCAACAAAAAAUCAGAGAUCUUCUUUCUUAAUUACCUUCCAAGAGGGGUUUUCUAUGAGAGAAAAACUUCAGAGAAUUACCCAGUCGUUUGGAGCAAGACUUUAUGAUUAUCCAGAUCAGGACUUUUUUAAAGUAAUUGAGGACCUAAAGACCAAGAUGGUGGAUACUAAGAGAUUGUUAAAAGAUUCAAAUAGAGAAUUAAGGAACUAUCUUAUUCGUCUGAAUGACCUUGAGCAGAAAGAAAUUGAGGGUAAUUCUCAUUUCUACGGGAUCUCAACUCUGCCGAUGUAUAAGAUGUUAGUGCAAAUUGAGCAACAAAUCUACCGUAAUAUGAACUGACUCAAGUCUAUUGACAAUGGAAACGUGCAGUAUGGGUUUAUCUGGUCCACAGUUAAAGCUGAUCAAAUUGAAUCUGAAUUAAACAAGAAGGGGGUUUUCUUAAGAGAGCUUCAUUUUGAAGAUAUCAACAAUCAUGAGUUUGAAACCCCAACUCUCUUCAAAACCAAUGCCUUUACAGGGCAAUUUCAUUCUAUCGUAGAGACUUAUGGAAUUCCAAAAUAUAAAGAAGUGAAUCCCUCUCUCUUCACUAUUAUUAGUUUCCCAUUUUUAUUUGGUGUGAUGUUUGGUGAUAUAGGCCAUGGAGGACUCUUAUUCUUAGCAUCAUCAGCUCUUUGACUCUUUGGAGAAAACAUUCAGGCGUUAAAGCCUAUCUACAAUGCAAGAUAUCUCUUGCUGUUGAUGGGUCUCUUCUCCUUCUUCUGUGGAUUUAUGUACAACGAUUUCAUGUCGAUUCCUAUUGAGAUGAAUGCCUCAUGAUUCACCAAAGGACUAAAAACUUACAGAUUGAGGCCAGAUUGCGUUUAUCCUUUUGGAAUUGACCCUAAAUGGUAUGUUGCUACAAACGAGCUAACCUUUAUGAACUCGUUCAAGAUGAAGCUAGCUGUCAUUUUAGGUGUAGCUCAAAUGCUCCUCGGGAUUUUCCUCAGGUUCUUUAACGCUCACGAUUUCUGUGAUUACGUAGAAUUUAUAGCUCAGUUCGUUGUAAUGUGUUGUUGGUUUGGCUAUAUGAACGUACUGAUCAUAGCAAAGUGGUUGACCCAUUACCCUGAUACCAGCCAAGCGCCUGGUAUUAUUGCAUCAAUGAUAGAUAUGUUUUUGAAAUUCGGGGCUUGAGAGAAGACUCCUAUCAUCUCUGAUGUAUCAGGAACGGAGCAGAUACAGAUAAUCCUUCUCAUCGUGAGUUUUACUUGAAUUCCAAUCAUGCUCUUCCUCAGACCAUUAAUUGCUUGAAUAUCAGGAAGUCAUACCGAGAAGAAGCAGGGAUAUAACAAAUUUGAAGAUGAAGAAGAAUAUGAAGGCUUCCAAGCAGAAGAGAGGAAGCUAGAACAACAACACAGGAAUUUCGAUGUUCAAAACUCAAAUGAAGAAAAUAAACAACAAAUAGCAGAUGAUGGAAGCCACAGAGUUAUGGGUGAUAAUGGUUCACGUGAGAUGCAAGACAGAGAUCGUCAUCAUGAACAAAUGGCUAAUCUAAGAAAAGUUUUAAAAAUUGAAGAUCAUGGACACUCCAUGGAAGAACUCUUUGUCCACCAGUUGAUAGAGACAAUAGAGUUUGUCCUAGGAACUGUAUCUAAUACAGCUUCUUAUCUUCGUUUAUGGGCUCUCAGUCUUGCUCAUAGCCAGCUUGCAGAUGUGUUCUAUGAGAAAACUUUAGUUAUGGGCUUGGAAUAUAAAAGCCCACUAAUGCUAUUCUUUUUGCAACAGUUAUUCUGGGUAGCUACCCUAGGAGUUCUAAUGUCUAUGGAUUCGAUGGAAUGCUUCCUACAUACUCUAAGACUUCACUGGGUAGAAUUCCAAAACAAAUUCUACAAAGGAACUGGAACUAAAUUUACUCCUCUCUCGUUCACGCAGGUCUCCAUUUCAAAUGAAGAUUAGUUAAAUUUAGCUCAAUUUAAAAAUG